GCUAGCAGCUGUACGUAGGCCCAACCUCCCUACAUGCCCAUUUAUACUCCUCCGUCGCCGCUUCCAUCUCCCAGAGAUCCACCACCACCUCCUUCUCCUCCUCUUGCCCCUCGCUCCCUCUCUCCUUCUCGCACACACAUGGGGUCUCACCGAUUCAAGCCCAUCAAAGAAUGUAGCUCGGAAGGAAGAGCGGAUCAGACGAUAGCUGCUGAUCUUGAUGGCACCCUCCUCAUAUCUCCAAGUGCCUUCCCAUACUACAUGCUCGUCGCCAUCGAAGCCGGCAGCCUUCUGAGGGGAUUAGUCCUCCUCGCCUCGUUCCCCCUCGUGUGCAUCAUUUACAUAUUCUACUCCGAGUCCCUGGCCGUCCAGAUGCUUGUCUACAUCUCCUUCGCAGGACUGAAGAUCCGAGAUGUGGAGACGGUGGCUCGCUCCGUCCUGCCCAAAUUCUAUGCCGAGGACGUCCACCCUGAGAGUUGGAGGGUGUUCGGUUCUUGCGGCAAGAGAUACAUUGUUACGGCAAGCCCCAGAAUUAUGGUGGAGCCUUUCGCCAGGAGCUUUCUUGGUGCCGACAAGGUCCUGGGGACCGAGCUGGAGGUCACCAAGUCCGGAAAGGCGACAGGCUUCAUCACCAAACCUGGAGUUCUUGUUGGAGGCCUCAAGAAGGCGGCCGUCCAGAACGAAUUCGGCGGUCGCUUGCCGGAUCUCGGCAUCGGGGACAGAGAGACCGACUAUGACUUCAUGUCUGUUUGCAAGGAGGCCUACCUGGUGCCAAAAAGCAAAUGCAGUCCUGUACCAAAGAACCAGCUAUUGAGCCCAAUCAUCCUGCACGAUGGUCGGCUGGUCCAACGACCCACUCCCUUGGUCGCUCUCCUCACAUUUCUCUGGAUGCCCGUCGGUUUUGCUCUUGCCCUCACCAGGGUCUACAUCAACCUCCCUCUCCCGGAGCGCAUCGUGUUCUACAACUACAAGAUCAUGGGCAUCAAGUUGGUCGUAAAAGGAACUCCUCCCCCUCCUCCAAAGAAAGGACAUCCGGGAGUUCUCUUCGUGUGCAACCAUCGGACCGUGCUCGACCCUAUCGUCACAGCCGUCGCACUUGGCCGCAAGAUCAGCUGCGUCACCUACAGCAUCAGCAAGUUCUCAGAGCUCAUAUCCCCCAUCAAGGCCGUGGCGUUGUCGCGGGAGAGAAAGAAGGAUGCCGCAAACAUCAAACGCUUGCUGGAGGAAGGGGAUCUGGUGAUCUGUCCCGAGGGCACGACAUGCAGAGAACCUUUCCUCCUAAGAUUUAGCGCACUGUUUGCAGAGCUCACUGAUCGGAUCGUUCCGGUCGCAGUCAACACCAAGCAGAGCAUGUUUCAUGGCACGAGCGUUCGAGGGUGGAAACUCCUGGAUCCCUACUUUUUCUUUAUGAACCCCAGGCCCACCUACGAGAUCACUUUCCUUGAUCAAUUGCCUACGGAGCUUACCUGUGCCGGCGGGAAGUCACCGAUAGAGGUCGCAAAUUAUAUACAGCAGGUGCUGGGGAGCACGCUUGGAUUUGAGUGCACCAACUUCACCAGGAAAGACAAGUACGGCAUGUUAGCCGGAACCGAUGGUCGUGUCCCAUCCAAGAAGAAGGAUUAGCAAAUCAAGGGGCAUGCAUGAUCACUACCAUGAUUGAAAAAGUGUCAUUGAAUUUGGUUAAUUGUUGAACUCAAAAAGAGAGCGAGCGAGAAAAAAAAAAGAGUUGAUCCAUAAAUAUGUCUUAUGUAUACUGUUAUUUGGCUUUUCUAGUUUUUAAUUUUAAUAUAUGCCUUUGAUUUAA